GUAUGAUGGUUAAGAAUGGGGCUCUCGAAGGAGGAAUCAAGUUCAGUCGGUAGUGGAAAGGUGACAGAGCAUCAGGACUCGUCAGUUUCCUUCUUUGCCGGUUACUGGGCUGAGGUCCCUUCACAGCUGAGAGCUAGCAUCUCCGUUUGCUUGUCUUUUGGAGGAAGAGGCUGGGGGAAACACCUGAACAUGUGGAAUCCCAAUGCUGGGCAACCAGGGCCAAAUCCAUAUCCCCCUAACAUCAGGUACCCUGGAGGUUGCAAUCCUGCCCAUCUACCACCUGUCAAUCCAGUCUGUCCUCCUGGCCCCAUUCCCGCUCCCCCAGGAGUUCCCCAGGGAAAUCCAGCUUUCCCUCCAGCUGGGCCUCCUCAUCCUGUGCCACAGCCAGGGUAUCCAGGAUGCCAACCCCCAAGUCCCUACCCUCCUCCAUACCCACCACCUGCUCCUGGCAUGCCUCCUGUGAAUCCCUUGGCUCCUGGCAUGUCAGGACCAGGAAUGAUGAAUGACAAGAAGAUGAGGAGGAAAAUGAAGAAAGCUCAUAAAAAGAUGCACAAACACCACAAGCAUGGCAAGCAUUCCUCCUCCUCUUCCUCCUCUUCCAGCAGUGACUCUGACUGAAUACAGGGCCUGGACCCUUCCCUCAAGUCUCACCAGUUCUGCUCUCCCAUCAAGCUUCAGAUAUCAUGUUGUACUGGUGGAAAUUACCCCUUGCACCUCCUACCCCCGUCUGAGCCUCACUCUGCUGUUCAGCCCUGACUGGCUAGGGAAAAUGGGAAAAAGAUUGUUACGGGCUAGCAAAGGCUGUCUCUUCUUGCUGCUUGAAUAGAUCUUAUAGCUGAUGAGUUUAGCAGGGGAACUAUUUCUUGAAGAUGGUGAGACCUUUGAGCUAAAUGCUGAAGAUAA